UCGUAUUGUCUCCAUCGGAUUUACGUCCGGAACACGCUGAAACUCCCAUGAUUUGCCCCGCGAUAUCGCGUAUCCCCGAUUUCAACAAACAAUUUUCACUACGGACUUCCACAGACCUUUGAUAUUAGACAUGCAAAGAGAGGGUUGAGAAAAAGAGGAAAUUUCCCACUGUGUGAGUACAGAUAUGGUGAAUGGUGGAAGCAACAAGUGGACAAAACAUGCUGUAAAUCUUCGAUAAUAUUCGAGAUCGAGCGACUUUUGGGGCAAUUUGCGAUGAAGCAGGUUUUUAAGUUUGGUGCUGUGGUCGGAACUCUUGUGGCGUUGUGGAUCGGUCUGCUUCUGUCUCCUGACCUUCCUCAAUCGUUCAGCCUCAUUCUUCCAUUCUUACCUGUAUAUGCGUUGGUUGCUCUCGGGUGUUACGGACUAGGUAUGGUUGGAUACGGCCUCAUGGUCUUUCCAACUUGUCCUCAUGAAUCUAUUCUACUUCAGAAGGACAUAGAUGAAGCAAAAGCAUUCUUGAAGGAGAAAGGAGUCGAUGUAGCCUAUCAAUGACUCAAGUUUAUAAGGCAAUCACCCCUUUAUUGACAGUCAGUAUUUGAAAAUUACCAUCCAAUUCUUUCAUCCUGAAGGUAAUUUUCUUAAUUUUUAGAUGUACAACUAUUAUGCUGGCUUUCGAGAAGCAUGACCAUUAUCAAAAAAGUGUGGGCACUAAACGCACUUCAACCCUGUUCGUCGUGGGCAAGAUAGCAAGGACCCUUUGCUGUUUCCUUACACAACUUGGAGCUGCUGUAUAUGUCAUUUCAUGCUCGUGUUUGACACACACGUCCACGAUCAACGCCAGCUGAUAGAAGCUGCUGCCGAAAUGGGGAGUUUCACAGAAAGGGGUAUGCCCCUGAUAUUCUUGUAUAUCGAAAAUAAGUGCAAAAUGCGAUUAUUUGAUUUUAUGCGCAGCGGUGUAACCUCGCUGUGUUAAUCGGAUGAAUGAGUUGAGUCUGGACGUCACGACAUGUGGUACAAAUAUGAAAACAGAUGUCAUUGACAUCUCGCUUCAGUUCUUGAAGCGGAAGAGAAUGGAAAUUGGAAUAUUCAGCUAAUACAAAA